AUGGUGAAAUUCCGAGAUGAAGCAACACAGGAUCUAGUGUUGGAAUCAGGUGUGGUGCAUUUUGAUAAGAAACCAGUUGUUCUCCGCCCAUGGACUACUGAUAUUGAAUCAUUGAAGUCCAUUAAAUCAGUGCCUGUGUGGAUCCGGUUACCUGAUCUAGGAUUGCAAUACUGGGGAGUGAAUUGUUUGUGUGCUCUUGUUAGCACAAUAGGUAAGCCCAUAAUGAUUGACAAAAUAACUAAGAAUCGUUCUAUGAUAAAGUUUGCUCGUAUCUUAGUUGAGAUGGAGAUAGCAGAUACUCUCCCGAAAUUCAUUAGUUAUUUCAAUGAGAAGGGUCAAAUUAUGGAACAGAUUAUAGACUAUGAAUGGUUGCCAACAAAGUGUACUAAGUGUAAGAAAUUGGGACACUCAGUAUCUUCAUGUAAGUAUGUCUCUGAAGCUGUUUGGAGGCAGAAAGAUUUGAAGCAAAAGGAAGGAAAAUCUGGCAAUGAAAAUGCAGGACAAACUGAGGCAGAGAAAACUGUUCACCCGAAUGAUGAGAUUCCUGAGACUGAGAAAACUGCAAGUCCGAUUACUGCUGGUUCAAUUCAUCAAGUAAAAUCUACUCACUUAGCUGUUGUUCAGUCUUUUACUAAUCCGGUAGAGGCUCAUUGA